AUGACAACUGUUUUUAGUUUCAGGAUCGUUCGGUUUCAUAACUGCGACGGUUGUACAAGAAAGGUCAGAAACGCACUGCGCAGAUUUCAUGGUCUCCAAUUGGUAAAUUUAGGCCGGGAAAGUGGGAUUGUGACAGUAGUCUCGAUUGCUGAACACCAUCCUGAAGUUAUUCGGUACGCUCUUGAACGCCAAAUGAAGAAAUCAGUUGUCAUCGUCUCUAUAAAUCAAAACCCUAGUUCUACUGUAUCUGCUACAGUACCUUCACAGCGUACUUUUGAUCUUCAAGGUUUAGGUGAAGCUAUGCUCGGCAUGUUCCAGGUUUUGGAUGGUGUGGAGAUCACACGUUCGGAUACGUUAAGAGUCAACUUCAUCCACCGUGAGAACCCACCGGUUGUUAGGGUCGAACCCCGUCGCAAUAUUUCAAGCUACGGUGAUGUCGAUGUUGAGCAUGCACCUCGACGACCAACACCACGAGCGCCACCAUGGCCAGUCGUGGAGCCAUCGGCACCACUGAUAUCAACGGAAGAAGAAGAGGUUUAUGGUUAUCCACCUGAGUUUUAUUAUGGAUACUCUGCAACUGAUCAUAGCCAUGAUCAUCGGCCAGAUGGGUGUUGCCGAAUUAUGUGA